GUGGUGUGUUGGCUGGGAUGGGGGGAAGGUGAGAGCGUGGGGACCCCGGAUACGAUGGAGGGGCUGUGAGGAGCUGAGGACCCAGUCCAGCACUCGCUCCUUCGGCAAUCGCAGGAGCGCGGCCCUGCCAUGAAGGUGAAAUUGAAAAAUGUUUUCGUGAUCUAUUUCCUGGUGUCAGUGAUUGGCCUGAUGUAUGCACUGCUGCAGCUGGGACAGCCCUGUGACUGCACCCUGCACCUGAAGUCGGCCAGCGACCUCAUCCACGCCAAGGAGAGGAAGCUCUCCCAGCUGCAGAAUGAGCUGAAGCGGCUGCAGGGGCGAGAGAAAGUACCGGAGCCAGUGGAGCAGGGACUGCCCGUCAUCUACGCCAUCACGCCCACCUAUGCGAGGCUAGUCCAGAAGGCCGAGCUGGUGCGCCUGUCACAGACCCUCCUGCACGUGAAGAACCUGCACUGGAUCGUGGUCGAGGACUCGCCGGCGAAGACCCAGCUGGUCUCGGAGCUGCUGGCCCAGAGCCACCUGCGCUUCACGCACCUCCACGUCGAGACCCCCAAGGAGCACAAGCGGAAGGAGAGCGACCCCAACUGGCUGAAGCCCCGGGGGGUGGAGCAGCGCAACCUGGCCCUGCAGUGGCUGCGGCAGAACCGGCAGCUCGGCGACAAGGGGACGGUGUACUUCGCCGACGACGACAACACCUACAGCCUCCGGCUCUUCGAUGAGAUCCGCUCCACCAAGCGUGUCUCGGUGUGGCCCGUGGGCCUCGUGGGGGGCCUCCGCUUCGAGCGUCCCCUGGUGGAGAACGGCAGAGUGGUGGGCUUCUACACGGCCUGGAAGCCCAACCGCCCCUUCCCCAUGGACAUGGCCGGCUUUGCCGUGACCCUCCAGCUGCUCCUGGCCAAUCGGGAGGCCCGCUUUGACCUGCUGGCCGAGCGCGGCUACCUGGAGAGCAGCCUGCUGCAGUCGCUAGUGUCUAUCGAGGAGCUGGAGCCCAAAGCCGACAACUGCACCAAGGUGCUUGUCUGGCACACCCGGGCCGAGAAGCCCAAGAUGAAGCAAGAGGAGCUGUUGCAGAAGCAAGGCCUGGGCUCCGAUCCCAACAUCGAGGUGUGACUGGGUGACCCCGUUCUUGUGAGGGUGGCGGCAUUCCCGCGGGGACACGGGGAAGAGCCGGAUGGACUGGCCGAAGUGGAUUGGCCACAGAUGCUGGCGCUUUGCCUCACCCCCUCAUCCCGGGACACAACGCACUGGAACGUUUUUUAUUUAUUUAUUCAAGAUGAGCUCCCCCGCUCUGCGCCCCUCCCCAUGCGGGGUGGGGGGAUGGGACAGGCUCAGCUUCCAAUCAGAAGAGACUUUUGCUAAGUGCUGCUACCCCCUUGCUGGGGAAGUGCCUCCAUUUUUCCACCGCCAUAACCCCACCCACCCUAGUUAAAUAUUUCUUCCUUGAAUGCUGCAGCCUUCUACUGGGGAAAGACCCCUAACCUGCCUUUUGCCCUGAUCCCCCCCCCAGAAAUGGGGAAACACCUUGUCCUCUUCCUUGAGCCCUCCAUGCUUGCUUCAAAAUGGGACGUCCGCUUCUGUGUUACGGUUUGACUUAGGCUCUGAUUGCCGU